UCGUGAAGGAGGGAAUUUAAGUUUGUGGGUCACAGUCAACAUGAUUCGUAAUGUGAUUGGCCGUCCAGCUUAUCGACUUUCCAGGGUAUAUGCUAGCAGUCGUGAUUACACAUCACGAGCACCUAUAAAUAUAGGGAUAUUGAUCGUCCCAGAGAAAGAAGCAUGGGUUAUUGAAAGGUUAGGAAAAUUCCACAGGACACUGGAACCAGGACUCAAUUUUUGUAUACCCAUUCUAGAUCGCGUCGCUUAUGUACAGUCACUAAAAGAAGUGGCCAUUGAAAUUCCAGAUCAGUCAGCCAUUACAUCAGAUAAUGUCGUUUUACAAUUGAACGGUGUUCUCUUCCUUAAGGUCAAAAAUCCUUAUUUGGCAUCAUAUGGGGUGUCGGAGGCUGAAUUUGCAAUUACUCAGUUAGCCCAAACAAUUAUGCGAUCAGAAAUCGGGAAGAUAAUUCUGGAUAAUGUUUUUAAAGAACGAGAAGCAUUGAAUUUUCAAAUCGUACAAGCUUUAGGCAAAGCAUCAGAGCCUUGGGGUAUUGAGUGUUUGCGUUAUGAAAUUCGCGAUGUUCAGGUGCCACAAAAAAUCAAAGAAGCUAUGCAAAUGCAAGUUGAAGCAGAACGAAAAAAGCGUGCAUCCAUUUUAGAGUCAGAAGGACAACGUGAAGCUGCUAUUAAUCGAGCUGAGGGUUUAAAACGUAGCCAGGUGUUAGAGUCAGAAGGUCACCAGAUUCAAAUCGUAAACAAAGCUUCAGGUGAAGCUGAAGCUAUCCAACGUCUAGCAGAAGCUCGAGCUCAGUCUAUCCAAACCAUUGCCCGUGCAAUCGGUACUAAGCGUGGAGCAGAUGCAGUACAGCUUACAGUAGCUGAACAGUACAUAGAAGCUUUCAGUGCUUUAGCGAAGACAACUAAUACAGUAUUAUUACCAUCUCAUAGUGGUGAUGUUGCGUCAAUGGUUACUCAAGUGAGUUUAAUCAAUCUUGUAAUUUGUCCACAUUUCUUACAAUGUCAAAACGACGUUAGUUCAAUUUAUUACUCGCUAUAAGCUUUAGCCUAACCUUUCAAAAAUGUAUUUUACUUUCUGGUCACCAUCUUUAUAUUCGGUGUUGUGUGGUUCGUCUACUGGACCAUUCAGACCAAAGAAUACACCCCCUCCAAAAUCCUCAUUUUGAUCUAUUUUUAGAAGUGUUUGAGUGAGUUGAAAAAAAGUAAUGUCUGAUUUAGUUCUCUUGUUUCCUUAGGCGUUUAUGCCUACUGAUUUAAGUCUUUGUUUUUCUAGUUUAUGCUUGUGUUUUUUCGACAAUCUCCUCGUUGACCAUAUAUUUGAUCUGAUUAGUUUCCUUAAUAUAGAUUGAAAUAAAUAUUUUCUGUUAACUAUCAUCAUUAGCCGCUUUGGAUCUACUGACUUGGAUACUGGCAUUCAGUUAUAAGUUUCUGGAUGCAUUGAAGAAGCAGCUUUGAUGGGCGACCUACACACAUGGUUAUACAGGACCUGGAAAACUGGUACAAACAAGUACAAUUGGUCAUUAGUAGUAACCUUUCUUUUAUGCAGAAGCAUAUAAACAGGCUAUUAGAGUAGUUUAUGUAGAGAUUUGCUGCAUGGAAUGUUUUUUGAAUUGAUCUUUUCAGAUAAUUUUCAAGUAUAUCAUUAGAAAUGUCUUUCUCAAAUUGAAAUUUUAAAAAAGUGUUGGAUUUGGUUGGCUUCAGUCAGUCAUAUGCAAUGUAGAAGAGGCUGACAAAUUUGUGUAUCAGUUGAAAUGUAGUGAACACGAACACGAGUGGAUUAAUCGAAUGUGUUUGAGCACAAAUACACAGAACAUCUCACUAAAAUCUGAGAACCAUAUAGUAAAUAGUUAAUUUACAAAAUAUCAAUCCAUCGUCUCAAACUUGACUGUUCCUUUCGCAAAUAUCAGUCCAUUGUCUCAAAUUUCAUCGUUCAUGCAUUUUCAUACCAAUUGCUUUCCGUUUCCGUUCUUCCCUUAUCGAUCUUCUACUGAAACACAUUAUAUGCCUGACCACCGUUACAUACUACUUAUGUGGAUAUAAGUAACCCACACCACAAAAAUGGCUUUAUCAUAUCAGCACAACUAGAUGAAAUUAUCAAGAGAAAUGCCAAUAUAGUAACGGUGUUAGUUAUAGUAGAAAGGACUAGACACAGACAAUACAAGUCGAGGAGAAAAUAAAGUCAUUGGAUAGAAACGUAUAAGAUUCGUUCUUGGUUAGUUCUCCAAUUAUUCUAAUGAACAAAUUUCAUGAUAUAUCUAAAGUAUAAUGGAUGAAUAACAUAUCAUUGCCUUGUUAUCAGAACCAAACUCGAUAACUCUGUUAGUUGUUCAUUCUAUGUUACUUUUCUGUUUAUAUAAACAUUUUGAGUAUUCAGAUAUUUCUUUUAGUAUGUAAGUGUUAAGAAAUGGUAUUUUUAAUUCAGCUUCUUGCGUAACUGUAAAGUUUGAUGGUAAGUGAAAAUUAUUAAAAGACUUCUGGCAUCAUAGCUGAUGUGAUUUAGUAAAUCUUCAUGAAACUUGUUCCAACUAUACUACUUACAUAGCUCUACAGAUUACAUCGCAUUUCAUUCUAUAUGAAUCAGAUCUACACCCAGCUUCCGAAACCAAAAUAGGUGAAUUAGGGUUCAAAUCUACGAUCUAAUGGUUAAAAGUUGAAUUAUUUGACUACUAAAGUGAUCUCUUCACACUUAAAUUAAAUAUUUUGUGUAGAGAAAUAACAUUACUCUUUAUUCAAUAUGUCAGUAGUGCAGAUCUUCAAUUAUGUACUGUAUUUAUUCAGUAUAGCUCAUGGUGUAUCUGGAAAUAUACCAGACAGUAUUGUCGUAAUUUUUCAAGUGUUUCGUUUUUUUGAAUUUUCUUUCACAGUAGAAAAUGUGUUAUUACUGAGAUUGUCUUCUUUUCUCUCUCUUUCGCUUUUUCCAUUUACCAUCAUUAAUUUUAGGCAUUGACUAUAUUUAAAAGUUUAGAUCAACCGAAAAGCAACAUCGGUAAUGAUAUUGAUGGUGGAUGUAAUGAUGAAUCUUGUUCAGAAGUAGUAGCUGACCAACAGUCAAAUCCCAAUAUUCUUAAUAAAAAUGAUGGCGAUAAACGAGAAUACGAAACCAUUGCACAUCCUAUCAAAUCCAGAUUAUUGUCAAAAACCAAUUCAACAGACCAUUCAACGCUACAUACAGAAAAUAAUGAAUCUAAUGGUUUUUCAAAACAAUUUUGAAAAGAACCUACGACAAAUACGAAAGAAUAAAGCCAUUAUUGUAAAAAAAGACCAGACAUGUUUAGAGAAUACAAGGAAUUCAUACAUUUUUUAUUACAAAGUGUUCAAAGAAUUAGAGAGAUACGUUGGUGUAAAGUGGCUAAAUACAUAUGUCCUAGUUGUUUUGGUUUUUCCACUAUGUAUAUUGUUGCUCAUUGUUUUCUCCAGUAUAAUCGGACUACUAUGACGUGAAUAAAAUAUAUAUCCUGUUUGAUUUUGU